GAUAGAAGUUUCCAAACGCGCAGCAAUCAUGUCUAAGUAUCGGAAUAUUGUGUGGUUUCUAAAAGCAAUGCAAGAAUACACAAGGGGAGGAUAUGAAACAGCCUCCAAGCACUUUGUGGUAAAAGACCUCAGUGCAGACCUGGGCGGACGAUCCUUCAUGAUUACAGGAGCCAACAGUGGAAUUGGGAAGGCAACUGCAAUGGCCAUAGCAAAGAAGGUAGGUGGGACGGUGCACAUGGUGUGCAGAAACAAGGAGAGAGCUGAGUCUGCCAGAGAGGACAUUGUGAAGGAGUCCGGCAACAACAAUGUACACGUCCACAUUUUGGACCUGUCAGAGUCACGCAAGGUCUGGGAAUUCACAGAGGACUUCAAGAGUAAACAUUCAUCCCUGAACGUUCUGAUCAACAAUGCAGGGAGCAUGGUGAACAUACGAGAGGUGAAUUUCGAAGGUUUUGAGAAAAAUUUUGCCAUCAACACCUUGGGAGUGUAUAUCCUGACCAAGGGUCUGAUACCUCUUCUGGAAAAGAGCAGUGAACCUAGAGUAAUCACCGUGUCUUCUGGAGGGAUGCUGGUUCAGAAACUUCGCAUCAUAGACCUGCAGACUGAAAAAAGGCCCUUCGACAGCACCAUGGUCUAUGCACAGAAUAAGAGACAGCAGGUGGUUAUGACAGAGGAAUGGGCUCAGGCGUAUCCCAAGAUUCACUUCUCUGUCAUGCACCCGGGAUGGGCAGAUACCCCAGCGGUCGCAAAGGCCAUACCCGACUUCUAUGAGAGGCUGCGUAGUCGGCUGCGGAGUCCUGAGCAGGGUGCUGACACGGUCAUCUGGCUGGCCAUCUCCCCAGUAGCAGCUCGGAUGCCCAGCGGCAAGUUCUUCCAGGAUAGAAAGAUGGUUCCUGUGCACCUGCCUCUGGCCUGGACUCGUUACUCCCGUGAGAAAGCCCGGGCCCUUAUGGUCCGUCUGGAGGCCCUCGCCAAGAGGGCCCAGCCAAGCGCCGGGCGCUCACAGCUCAACUGCCCCAUAGUGGACAUCUCAGGAGGUCCUCAGGACUGCAUCAAAAAGGCUGCCUAAGAUUCACAUGCUAACGUGCCCUUGGGAAAACUACCAGAGUACAGACCAAGGCUAAGAGAGGCCAUGAAUUUGCUAUUGUUCAGUAAGGUAUGAUUGCAAUGUCUGAAUUUGACCCUACUACUAUUCACUAAGUUAUAUGAUUGCACUUGAGAAACUGGACAAAUCGCAAGAACAUCCCACUGAUGCUGCUAAUAUAGGUUACUAAAAAACCCUCAAGAAUAAAAAUUAUUCACUCACCUGCAUGCAUGGAGAGAAUUCUGAGUCAUUCAAGUGCAAAAUCACUUGAGUCAUUCAAGUGCAACUCUUUUACCAUUAUCAAAUUUAGCAAUAGGCUUCCGUUCAUCUCCUCAGGCUUAUAACUUAGCAGUGACCCUGGACACACUUUCCGACCGACUGACUGACUGACUCAUGUAAGUGCAUAUAACUCACCCAGCAAAUUACUCUGGCUGUUCACUGCAAAAUAAACACCUGUACACUCCAUCUCAU